ACAAAUACAUAUAGAAGCUUUUAUCCAGUCAUGCAAAAAAACAGAUAGAACCUUGUCUAGAGUAUUCUAUAGAACCUCUGUAGUUUUAUGUCUAAUAGAAAAUAUUCUCAAAUCAGUAUAUAUGUCAAAACCUUCUGAAGCUGAAUACGAAGCAUAUCAAGUAUGGUCAAUGAUUAAGAUAUCCCUUAGAAACGUUAAAAUCCUAUUACUGAACUCUUUAUCUUAUAUUAAUAAAGCAAGACAGGACAAUACUAUUAAAAUUAUAUCUCCUGAUUAUAAUCUAGCUAAUGAGAACGAGAAAGUAUUCAAUCAAGACCUUAGAUCUCUUAUUGAGAAUAAGAAUGCCAUGAAUAAUUUUAUCAACCAGGCUUUUAGAUUUAAGAAUCAUACUUUAUUUAAUAGAAGCAGUACUA